GACAUGUUUGGAACAGAGUGAUCAUCUGUCCCCAGUGGACGAUCUUCGGCCCUGAAACCGGAAGUAGUCCACCAGACGGGAGCGUUGUUUGAUUUCACUCGAAACGUUGAAAACGCGAAAGAAACAAUUUUAACGCAAACUCGCGAUUUCCACGUCGCGAUGAACGACGCGAGGAACCAGCGGCAACGAGUCAACCAAUGCGUUAAAGCAGAAGUUAGCCCGCAGCUAACGAGCUAACCCCAGCGGCUGUCCCGUGUUGGCUAAAGCUAGCGGCUAAUCAACAAACCACCUGGAGACACUGUAAAACUUUGAAGAACCAACAAAAUGGAUGUCAGCAUCGCUGUAUCCCUGAUUCGAGGUCAGAUGGGCUCUGUGGUUGAGCGGGCUGUGAACGGAGCGGUGGAGACGGUGCUGGCCGAGAUGCUCAAAGUGGUUGGAGUCAAAUUUGAGGAGCUGAAAUCCCAACUGGCCCUGAUGAAGAGGGACGUCACGUCGCUGCAGAGGGAGAAAUCCCUGAAAGAGAAGGAGAAUGACAACAUCCGAGCCAAGCUGCGCUACACCGAGCUGAAGCUGAAGUACUACAGGCAGGGGGUGGAGGAGGAGCUGCAGCAGAGAGCCUCUGCUUCCACUCUCGUCCGGAUCCACCCCUCGGCCUUCCCUCAGACGCAGAGAGGAGCUGCAGGCCUUUCACCCACUGACACCUCGGCCUCAUGUUCGACUCAGAACAGGACCCCUGAGGGAGCGCUGACGAGAUGCAAUCAAGAAUGCACCUCGCCACAGAGCACAAGCAGGCGUGCCUUCCGAGUGCGCUGUCAGUCAGAUGCAGUGGUUGCCAGCUCUGACUCGUCUGACCUGCUGCUUCCCGUCUGUCUCUCUGAGAACACACCUGCAGAGUCUCUGGACAGCAGCACAGAGCAAGACGCAGCGGAGUGUGUGGAUGAUUUUCUGGCUCCUCCUAGUGUCCAGACCUUGACUUUGGAUUCGGGGAAGAAGUCAGCGACUCGACCUCUGUCCUGUCAUGGUUCUACUCAGGCCGUCAGCUCCACACUGACUUCUUCUGCUUCACAGUCCUGGUCGUCUCCUGUUGUGAUGCAGGUGAAGCAGGAGGCCCAGCAGCAGAGGGAGGAGGAGGAGGAUGUGAUCUGUAUCAAGGAGGAGCCUGAAGAGGAGCAGCAGGGUCAAAGUUCAGCGACAGAGCUUCAACCAGGUCAAACCACAGCCUUCAGCUCAACUGGAACAAGCAACUACCUGAUGGUUCAGCCCAUAACCUCCCUGCCGUCGAUUGUGACCCUGCCAUCCGGCGUCCCACCUCUCCAGGAAGCACGACCCUGGAAUAAAAACCUCAGCUUUUAUGAACAGUACAAAGUGCGUAGGAACGAGCUCCAGCAGCGACGUCUCAACAGACGCAGGGAGCUGGAGGAAACGCUGCCUCAGCCGCUGCUGGCCGAUAUGUUGAGAGAGCGCCGAGAGAAGACCAGGCUGAGGGUGGCCAGAUGGAGAGCAAAAAGGAAACUCCAGUUCUGCUUGAACCAGACUCAGGCUCAAGGUGGCGCUGCAGGUCUUUCUCAACCUUGUGUUCCCAUCAGGAGCAAACACCAGGAGCACAGAGAACCGUGCGCUUCCUCCAGCGGUCGUCAGAGACUGAGCUCCACGCUGCCUCAGUCCAGCAGCUUCCUCGACAACAACGUGUCUGUGACGAACACCAUCACCACCGCGCUGCCCUUCAUAACCUCCAUCUCCUCCUCUUCUCUGCUCCCGGGAAGCUCCAUCGUGGCCGCACACCAGCACACUGUGACAUCAACGUCGUCAUCCUCGUCCUACCCCCAGAUCGGCCAGAGCUUUUCUCUGACAGACGCAGAUAUCUUACAGUAAGAUGAUUGAAGUCACAACUGUGGCUGUGCACACAAUAAUAUGUCGCAUCGUUGACGUUCGACAGAGGUCAGAGGUGGAUUAGUGAUGCGACACAGUGUAAAUGGAACUUUGAGUAUUAUUUAUUUAUUUUUCAGGUCAAAAUCAAGUCGAAAAAAACUAAAUUAAACAUAAAAACUCAGCACGUAAAAACAAUAACAAAAAGGGAUUAAACUUGAACACAUGCUGUAGCCUAACUUUAAUACCAAUUUAAAUAAUAUCAAUGGCGGACCUUAUCAGUUUACAGUAUACAGUAUACAGUAUAUAUAUACACAAAAACAAUAGUACCUUGUUGUAAGUAAACCUUUACUCUCAAUUAACAUCUGUUAAACAAUAACAUCCAACUUCAACAGAACAAAACAGUUGCUGUAAAAUUGAACUCAUUCAAAGAUUCAAGUAAACGACAUCCACAAUAUUCUAUUUAAAUGAUUUGUAUGUUUUUGUAAAACUAUGUCGAAACAUUCAAUAAUAUUCGUUCGUGAUAAAUGUCGGAAACUUGUUAAAAAGUUGUUGGCAAUUCAUUAAAUGUCCCAGGGACAAUCUCUCAUUAUUUCUCCUCACUUUGCGUUGACAUUGAAAUGUGAGCGUCACACCAGAGGGGACACGUUACAAGUAUUAUUUUGUCCCGGGAGUCGUUAACAAGAAACACGUCAAGGCUGCUAGAAAGAAAAAGGUUUUAGAUUUGUGGAAGUAACAGAACAAAUAUGAUUGUUUGAUGAUGACCAGAUAAAAAUCUGACUGAAACCUUGUUUGGUUCUAAUAAAUGCAGCUAAAAUAAA